AUGUUUACCGCUUAUACCGAAGGCGCGGACGGUAGACAACAGGGCGGGACGAGCGACUUCCAAGGUGACUUCAAAAAUGGUAUUUCCGAACAAAUGGAUUCUUGCAUUUGGUGAUUUUUAGAAGUAGAAGAAGGAGAAGAUUACGAUGAUGAGGAGGACGAGUUCGUCAGAGACGGCAGCGGCAAAAUUCUGAGAAAAUGGCAGCAGAAAAAACAGCGUCAAAAUGAAAUGUUCCGGGAUGUAAGGCUUCACACUUGGAAAACUUGAACUUGAUUGAAAAAAAAUUGUUUUUGAAGGUUCUUAGAUAUUUUGUGAUCAAGUUUGUUAGAAGUUCUUCUAGCAAGCACAGAAGUAUCUAAGCGAUUAGUCGGUUCUUAAGUUUCUUUCCAAAAAGAAACUUUGAAAUUACGCCAGGAAAAUUCCAACGGUUUUGUACAGUACUAAUUCUGAGUAUUUAUACAGUUACUGUGGAAAAAAAAAGCAUAGUUAUAGAUACAAAAACACCCAUGAAUAACAUGAAUUCAAAGAAAUUUAACUUUAAGAGAGACAGAAGAGCACAUGAAGCGAGGAGGGAGGAAGUCGUGAAAGAAGCUCUUUAUUACAGUGCAAUCACGCUCGAGGAUUCUGAGGAGGAGGAACAUCAUGGCAUGGUAAUUUUUUUUUAAAGUUAAUUAAGGCUGAACACAUCGCGGAAACGCGGUUUUCUUAAAAAGGAUCAAAAGCGACUUGCGCACGGCAGCAUUCGGUAUUGAGUAAAGAGAGAGAGAAUUGCGUGAAGGCACCGGGCGGAAAAAGAAAAAAAAAAUCGGGAUUUAAGAUUUAAUAACUGCCUUGUCGAUUUUCUCCUUACCUAUCGAACGGACUAAUUUGAAAAAGCAGAGAUAUUGGUCAUUUAAUUUCAAAUUCUGCUCGAAUCGGUGCACAGAAAAACGCUUAAAGUUGCCAUUUUGACGGGAAUUUCAUUACGGAAAACUCUUUUUUUCCAGUCUAACCGCGAAUUCACAAAGUUUCACUACCUUAAUACCCAUUUUUUUUUCUUCCUAUGUGCCUUUAAGGUCGGGUGCAGUUGUGAGCAGAGUACAAAAAAAUAAAACUUAUUUUCAACACACAGGGCGACGUUUCCAGCUAUCACAUAGUCUUGAAAUAUCAAAUAUUGUAGACAACUAAUUUUCUAGUGUUUUAUUCGUUCUUUUAAGUUAAAAAGAAAAAAACUUUUCAGAGAAAAAAAUAGCCAUGAUUUACGCUAUCUGUUUAAGAAACAAAAGUUAGAAUUUUUUUAAAAAAAGAAACUCAAAAACUUUUCAAAACAAUUUACUUUUUUUAAAGAAGGGCUUGCCUGAACAUUUGUGCGUCGAUGAAGAGGAAACGUACUUGCUGAAAAAAACAAAAUGAAGCCAAGGUAAGCUCAUUUCGAAAAAAAUUUAGGAUAAGGAAUCCUUCAUAAUUCAGUUGUAAGUUAUUUUCGAAAUCUGAACGAUAUUUGAUCUUUUCGCUUUAGAAUAAUUUGAUCUUUUUUUAAAAUUAAAUGAAGUUGUUUAACCAAUAUCUCAUUACAAUAACAUAUUUUUCACAUUAAUACGCUUUUUUGUAAACUAACUCACUCAUCAUUCUAGGAUUAUUUUUUGUGAUUCAUCAAGACAUCUUCAAACAAAAAUGAUCGAAAAAUUUACCAUUAUUUGAAGGCCAGAUACUCGAUCCUCAGCCUACAAAUCAUUCCCUGACGUCAAAAAGGAAUUGAAAACCGAAAUAGACGACGACAUCGAUGACUUCCCUCCAAAGAAGCGCAAGGAGAAAAGAAAGCGGAAGAGGUCAAGGUCGAGGUCGAGGUCAAGGUCGAGAAGAAAGCGCAGCUCGAGAUCACCAUCAAGAAGGCGAAAACCUUCUGGCAGUCCUCAGCCAGGAAGUUCAAAGAACCGUCCACAACAAUUGGUAGAUCACUUUUUUUUUCCUUAUUUAAAUUGUAGAUCGAAGUGAACUCAUUGGGGUUCACACUGAUCUGUGAAUAAAUUAUUAUUAAAUGAUCAAUCGGCGAAUUCCCAUGACUUUAUUGGAAUGGCUCAAGGCGUCGCGGUCGCGCUGGGUUCUGCCGAUUGUAAAGGAGGGACUGAAUCUAUAGCCAAAAAAUAAAAAAUAAAUAAAAGCUUCAUUAAUAUUUCUUUAAUCUUUGCCAAAAGCUUGUCCAAGGCUCUCUUUUUUCCUGUCUCAAGAAAUGAUUUUUCGGUUCUCUCACUUUUUCUUCGCGUAAUGAUGUCAUCGAAAACCCCCGAAAGCUUCACUAAAGGCUUUUUGUAUAGAAACGUUUUUGAAAUUCUUUUCAAACUGCCUUUGCUUCUUCUCGGGCCACAUGACGCCGAAAAAUUGUACGAGGCAACCGCGACGCGCAAUGAGCCAUUGCCGGACUUUCUGAACUAAAGAGAAUGAAGUUCAUAACGCAAUCGACAAAGAAAAAUUUUGAAAAUUGCUUUUGUUAGACUUUACGGAAAUGGAUUGAUUUUGAAAUGGUUUUUGUUUCCAAUUACGUUAAGCAUCUGAAAAAUCAGCGCAAGGAAUUAAAUUAAGCGUUUCAAAUGUAUUUAUUGUCCCUAGGGCUUCAUUUGAACAUUCACUUAACUUUUCUGAGGUCUUGAAUUAAAUUUUUUCCGUUCCUUUGAAUUUCAUCAAGUCCCCCUUAUGAAGUUAAUUAAUCUUUUCAGCAGCAGCCCUCCAAAAAUUCUUGGAAUUUGUUGAAAACAUCGACUUAUCGCGAAAUCGAUCAAAACUUGUCGAAACUCAUCGCGGGGCUCUUGGGUAAGUUUUUUUUUGAUGGACUUCUUGAAAAAAGUAAUUUUAGUUUACGAAAGAAGCCGGGAACGAGAAGCUGAAAUUUUCGAUUCGGUGGGCCGUCAGGCGGCGAAAUUUCGGAUAGCGAUGCGGUUUAUCGAUAACGGCAGUCAGAAACUGUUCAAUGUUAGUUUCAAAAAAACAAAAAAUUUUUGUUCAGGAAGAAAUGUUCAAAUUCGGUUAGAUUUUCUCACAAUCAACAAGAUUUUUUUUCAAAAGUUAAAAAAAUUGGUAAAUUAGUUUUGAAAGUCAAUCAUCAACUUAGAGUGGUCUAUGGUUAAGGGAAAAAACGGCCCUAUAGGGGACGAAAAAGUUGUCUCUACAGAGGUAAAGUUUAAAUGGUCUCUUUAGGGUUUUAAAGUUUGACCCCUUAGGCCCUAAAGGUUUAUGAGCCCUUCUAGGGGUUUGUAAAGUGGCUGGACCACUGAAAAGUUCCUAAGUCUGUUUUUCGCGACUUGAAACUGCUCUUUUUCUUUGCGCCCUCCUCGUCUCUCGGCGGCCCUCUCACGUUGAAGUGCUAUUUUUUAUGUUUCUCUGAUCCUGCCGGUGAGUGAACAGAGAGAAGCAGACACUCGAGAACUUUCAAGUCGUGCCGACGAGUUAAUUUUUCAAAGACAAUCUUCAGAUCUUCUACCCCAGCCUCGGCGCGAAGCUGGAACGAGAAACACGGUCGUUCCAUCAGAAGCUCGCCGUCGCCAAUAAGCAUCAGCCGCGCGAGACGCAGUUCAGACGAUGCGAAUUCGACUGGAACGGCGAAUUCAUCAUCCCGUUGUCGGAUAAACCCUACGACAAAUACGACUUAUGGGUUGGUACAAUGAAAAAUGGGGGAAACUUUUCUUUAAAAAUAAGUUUCAUGUAUUUCAAUAACCAUUCAAAGCCCUGCCUGAGCUUCCAUUCUUCCAUAAAUUAGCGUCGUUUCUAUUUUAUUUUUUUUUCAUCGCUCCAAGUGCGACCUGGGUUUCUCAAAGUUGUGACCUCCGAUUCUCUCAUUUUUUUUUCUUAUUCUAUUUUGAGCCAUUCCAAAUGCGACCGGGUGUGUUACAGCUUGAUACCUCUGUUCCUAUACGUUUUCUAUCAAACCCCUAUUUUUUUUUUUUUAUUUUGCAAUUUCAGUUCGACGAUAGAUUUGUUGAAAAAUGUAUGGUUAACAUUUUAAAAAGUUAUAAAGCAUAUAUAAAAAUUUCUAGGUACUUAAGUUGAGACUAACUGGGUUAACUUUUAUUCCAGUUGGAAGAAGGAGAGCGUCGAAAAGAAGCGGAGGCGAAAAUCGAGCAAUGUGGUGCUUUGGUAAGAAAAAUUUUUUUCUUCAUGACUAGCUCAAUUUAAAAAAAGACCUGAAAUAUUGGCAAUCUCCGAAAAUAAGAACUUUUAUCUUUUUAAAAGUUCUCAAAAAAUGGAAAUUCUCACGAUUUUAAUUUUUUUGAAGGGCGUCGAUGUGAAAUCUCUGACGGACUUGCAAGUCCGAAACCAAUUGCUCAACUCGCAGUUGAACAAGCAGCCGAAAAAUAUCGAACUGUGGUUGGAUUUCAUCAAACUUCAGGUUUACCUUGUUUUGGUUUUCAAAAUAGCUCGAAAAGUUUUUUUCAGGAUGAAAUUUACCUGUCACAAAAGGAGUCCGGAGCGAUGGAUAAUGCGAAGAGAAUGUUGAGGGAAAGAAAGGUGAGAAAAAAUUUUAUGUGAAAGAGCUAAAUAAAAUUAUCCAUGGAGCAAAUAUGAAGUUGUAAUAUUAGCCUCGGUUCAUUUUAAUAAGAGUUUUGCCAAUGCUGAGAAUAUUGAAGAAGGCUCCAGGAUUUCGAAACUUAUUGAUUUUAAAAAAAGUUCAAAGGAAAAUCAUUCAGAGAAGAUGUUUGCUCCAAAAAUGAACAUGUUCAUAUUAAGAUAAUUACUCGGAUAUUGGUAACGCGAAUCGUCGGGGAAUUCUUAGUGGCCACUUUAGUAGCGUCAGAACUCUUAAGUGAUCCCUAGACUUGCUCAGAAACGUCCGGUUUUCUUUACCUGUUGUUCGAGUAUGUGUACAGAUUCUCGUGAGAGAUCAAUAGCAGCAUGAAGAGGAACCAGUGAAACGAGCGUGUUUUCCUUCUUCUGAUUUCUCUCUCUUUCUUUUUUGUUCCAUCUUAUAAUUUUCGCCCAAUAAUGGAUAUUUGCCAGGAUGCGAUUCUUGUCGACGCGAUCGCCAAGAAUCCCAGAGUUUCGCUCUUCCAACGGAUGUACAUUGAAAAUAUGAUCGCCGAUCCAAUGACUGUCUACAAAAAGUAUGAAGACGUUAGUCUCCAUAAUUUUGAAACAGAAGAAUAUUAUGACGAUUCAGCUCUUGCACAAAUUCCCGCAUGAAAUCCACAUCUGGGAGAAAUACCUCGACUAUGUUCAGCACAAUAAUUCGUUGUAUGGACGCGAGCAAAUGGUAAAAAAAGAUGGAAUUCUUAAAAAAAUUUGAAAAAUAAUUUUUUUAGGACAAGGCUUUUUAA